GAACUCAUAAGUCAACAAUAAGAAAACAACUUGAUUAAAAAAUGGGCCAAAGCGGCCCUCCUCGCCAUUUCUGUAAUGGCUGCUUCGUGGAAGGCGGUGUCACGCAGAAGCUCUUAGUCUCAGCAUCCGGAGCCCCAAGAAAGGAGUAUUUCAAGUCAGAUAGAAUUAGACAUAUAUCGUUUCUUUGAGACCUUCAGCCCUCAAGAUCCAGCCACUUGAAGACCCCAGCAUCAUGACCUCAGUUUCAACUCAAGUGUUCUUAGUCCUCAUUUCACUGCUUUUGGUGCUGCCUGUUGUUGAAGCAGUAGAAACUGGAGAUGCAGUUGCUCUCUUGUUAGGUGUGGUACUCAGCGUUACAGGCAUUUGUGCUUGUUUGGGGAUAUAUGCACGAAAGAGAAAUGGACAGAUGUGACUUUGAAGAGCCUCCUAAAUCAAACCUUGCCCUGAAAAUCUUUGUGCUGUUGAGGCUAAAAACAGAGCUUUGGUGUCUAGAAGUUCCCAAGAAAUAGUGAAUAGGGUAAAUUCACAUUCUUAAUUAACUGUUUCACUAUAAAUGGGAACAAAUUGAUAUAUGUUAAAUGGAAAGAAAAGUUUCCCAACAAAUGAUGUACUGACAAAUGCAGUCUAUAAUUUGUAUUUGCUGCUUAGAAAG